AUGCCGAAGAGUUGUGCAGCCGUCGGAUGUAGCAAUCGUGCCGAUCCUGGAACGGCUGUGAAGUUUUACAAGUUUCCUGUAGCGGACGAGCGGCGCAAACUAUGGGUUGCGGCUAUGAGACGAGAGAAUUGGAAGCCAACCGACAGUAGCAGGAUCUGUUCAGACCAUUUCGUAGGCGCAGAGAAGAGCAACGAUCCACUAUCUCCCGCUUACGUUCCGAAACUUUUUGAACAUGUCAGGACUCCUGUAAAGCGUAAAGCGGAGAGGGAUUUGGUGGCAUAUGAACGGCGAGCGAAGCGGAAGCUGACGUUCGAGGAGAGCAAGACGCAGACACCAGUGAAAGUGGACGCCUCCGGGAAUGACUUCACAGAGGCAAUGGCAGAUUUGCCUGGUGCAGAGGUAGAGUCUGAUCCUGUAGCAGUCUCCAGUGUCUCAUCGCAGACUGACAUGGAUAUGGAGCACUUGACGCGGCUGGAGGAGACAAACAACCGUUUGGUCCUGGAAAGCAAACGGAUGCCACACGCUCCAGGACAAGGUGACACCUUGUCAAUCGAGUCGUUUGAGAAAGACAACGCGAAGGUGCUCUUCUACACUGGUUUGCAGUCUUUUGGGACCAUGAUGGGCAUAUUUGAACACGUGAGGAAGAGAGUUCCACAGCACCAUCGCCACACGCUCUCUCUCUUCCAGCAGUUCUUGAUUGUUCUCAUGAAGCUUCGGCUGAAUUGUCGGGACCAAGACUUGGCGUACAGAUACGGCAUUCACCAGUCGACCGUGUGCCGGAUUUUCCAGCGCUGGAUCCGGGUGAUGCAUGUGAUGCUGGGACCACUUGUCAAAUGGCCGGAAAGGAAACGAAGGGGAAGAAGCAACUCUCCAGGCUGA